GGUUAGAUAUGUUUUUGAACUUGUGAAGUGGCGCUGAAGGUGACAUAUCAUGGCUGGUUGGUUGUCAUGAAAAGAUCGGUGAUGAUAGUGGUGUUUAUUUUGGAGUUAAGAUUUAAAGCUAUAUGUGAAAGGUGACCACUUCACUUUAAAGAGGCUCCCCAUUAUGCUGUGGUCAGUUUGAAAUGAAUCCAUUCUGCUUUGACUUCACCUUGGAUAGACUAUCAAGGAUGAGUGUUUAAUGUGCUAAAGCCAACACAAGCAUCAAUGAUGGCCUGGGUGGACAUUGUCCAGUGUGUUCUUGUCCUGUGGAUCCUCACAUACGCAGAAAGCCAAAGGAUCAUACACAAUGAGUUCACUACGCCGCAGAAGAUAGCAUUUGAAAAAAUAGCAUAUGACAAUAGAAGUGCAAGGAUAUUUGUAGGUGGUGUUAAUAGGUUAUUUGAAUUGGAUUUAGACCUGAAGAAAUUGAUGGAAGUACUGACGGGUCCAGGAGAAGAUAACCCUCAGUGUUCUGUCAUGAGACAACAGGGGUAUACCUGUGACAAGCUGUUGUCCAGCAUGGAUGCACAUUGUAAAGCAUUACUGAUAGACUAUUCUAAUAAUGCUCUCAUCAACUGUAUAAGUCUGUUCCAAGGUGAAUGCUCAAGGUACAAUCUGACAAAUAUCAAUGAGCAGUACCAACGUAUUUUCAAGCCCAUGGUUGCCAAUAAUGCGACUGCAUCCACAUACGCCUUCAUUGCACCAAGCUUGAUGGAUAAACAACAGACAGACAAUAUUAGUGUGCAGCUGAAUGCGAUGUAUGUAGGUGUGCAGUACACUGACAUAGGCUGGGAGAGAAGUAGAGUGCCAGCCUUUGCCAGUUAUAAUUUAGUGACCUUCAAUCUAAUGUACGACCAUCUGACGAUGCACAAGACAAUGAUCAACGGGGACAGUACAAAGAAGCAUAGCUUCCCAAUUUUCUACAAAUAUGGCUUUAGUUCGGAGGGUUUCAGCUAUUUUAUAACAGUUCAGAAAGAAUCUACCGACGCAAGUAGAGACUCGUACAUAACCAAAAUAUUUAGAGUGUGCCAGAAGGAUCAGAAUUUUGGCUCCUAUACAGAACUCGGUUUGCAAUGCUCCAACCAAGGCACGUUAUAUAAUAUCUCUCAGACAGCGCAUGUUGGCAAGGCGGGGCGGGUGCUUGCUCAGGCUCUAGGAAUUAAUGUUGACGAAGAUGUGUUGUAUGUGACCUUCUCCCUGGGCCCCCCAAGGUCAUCCGAGCCCAGCGUAGGGUCGGCUAUCUGUGUUUAUCCAAUGAGAAAUGUCCGUGCAGUUUUCACCCAGAAUAUCCAGAAAUGCUUUGAAGGGGUUGGUAAUACUGGACCCCCGCAGUUCUUCACAAGUAGACCAUGCAUCGAUUCCGAAGACAAAAAUUCGAAAAUAACGGACAACUACUGCGGGGAGUCUUAUCAAAUGAAUGCUUGGAUUGAUGGGAAGAGUCCUGUGGGGGCUGAGGCAGCAGUGGUGUUCAGCAAAGAUGUUCUCACAUCCCUGACCAUCCAUCACAUCUAUGAUUACACUGUAGCCUUUGCUGGAACCAAGACUGGGAAACUAAUCAAGAUGACCCUGGAUACCCAGAAUGCAGGCACCAUCUAUGAAACGUUCGAUCUUUCUGCGGGUGAGGAAAUCAAACCAAACAUGUUUGUCAACCCAACCAACACCCACCUGUAUGUGAUGUCUGAUACCAAGCUGAUGAAGGUUGCCCUGUACAAGUGUGACAAUUACCCUAAUUGCAGCAGCUGCCUUGGCUCAGGAAACCCCUACUGUGGAUGGUGCUCCCUAGAAAACAAGUGCAGCCUGCGCGCAGAGUGCCAGGAGUACACGCAGGCCCUGCGCUGGCUGCCAUACAAGGGCCAAACAUGUCCCAGCAUUACCAGUGUCACCCCUCAACAGAUACAGAAAAAACAGAAGUCAACAGAGCUUCAGUUGAAUGUGUCCAACCAGCCAUACUUCUCCGGUACGUACCAGUGCGUGUUUCGGUACGAGAAAAACACAGCAUCAUACAACAUCUUGACGACCAACACCACCUUGCCGCCAAACAAUGCCGCCGGCAUCAAGUGCGAGACCCCAGAGGACUACAAACUGCCACCAAUACCCACAGGAGAAGACCACAUAAACAUGACCUUGGCCGUACAGAUUCGAGGUCGGGAAUUUGUCUCCACCAUAUUCACCUUCUUUGACUGCAGCAAGCAUGAAUCGUGCACAAAGUGCUCUAUGACGCAGUUCCCAUGCACCUGGUGUAUUGAAAAUCAUCAGUGUACCCACGAUGCCUCAGUCAACUGCCGCACCAACCACCUCAUCCACGGCUCAUCAAACCUUGGUCUGACGGCGACUGACAAGGUAGGCCCCCUGAUGUGCCCGAGGGUGCAGUUGUCUGUGGGCUCAAUAAAACAAGACCCUGAGGAUAGAAGGAAGAUCUACGUGCCUUCUGGGACUGCCAAGAAGGUGACGAUGUUUGGGUACAACUUGUACCCCUUCAUGCAGGAUAUCCGAUGCUUCUUCAGCUUUGGUCAGGGCCACGAUGUUAAAGCCAGAGUCGUGGAUGGCAAUAUUGAAUGCGAUGAAGUUUCUUUUAUCUACUCGGACAAGUCAGAGUUCCUCAAUGUCCAGCUACGCAUCAACUGGAGAAUGAACGGCAGCGGCAAGGAACUGCCUCUGGAUAACCCAACCAAUGUGCAGGUGGUGGUAUACAAAUGUAACGAAAUGGCGUCGACAUGUGGUGACUGUAUCUCUAAGAACGACAACUUCUCAUGUGGCUGGUGUAAGGACACCAAGACGUGCACCAUCAAUCUGCAAUGCCCUGCUACCGACUGGUUGCAUGCGGGCACCUGUCCCAACGUGGAAAUCACCAAGUUCUUCCCACUCACUGGACCCAAGGCAGGUGGUACAAAACUCACAAUUCUUGGUAAGAACCUCGGCAUAGAGAAGAAGGACAUCUCUGGAGGGGUGAGCGUUGCAGGAGUGGCGUGUAACCCAAUAGAGGAGGAGUAUGUGCCACCCAGCAAGAUUGUGUGCAGGACAGGCAGGAUGGGGGACAGAACUGCCGGACCGGUCAAGGUCGUCAUAGGCAGAGAGUUUGAGGACUACUCCUCUGACACCUUUAGCUAUGUGGACCCUGUGAUAAGGGAGAUCAAGCCUGGUAAGGGGCCAAUGGCGGGGGGAACCAGGGUGCAGUUAGGUGGCAGUGACCUGGAUGCUGGCAGCAAUGUCCAUGUGAAGAUCGGAGAUAUAGAGUGCGAAAAUAUAAACCGCUCCCAAUUAAUUCUUUCGUGCGUCACCAAGGCUUCCAUUACCAAUGACUCAUACCUGGUGUCGGCCAGGUUUGACAACCAAAAUGUCUCCACGACCCUUCUGUACGAGUACAUCAUGAACCCCAAUGUGACUGGGGUCUCCCCUAUAAAGGGCAUCGUUAGUGGUGGGAUAGAGAUCCACGUCCGCGGGACUAACCUGGAGUAUGUGCAGCAGGCUGUGAUGGUCUUCAAGGAGUACACACCGAUGGAUCGAAGAAGGAGAUCAAUUAAAGAGUAUUAUGGGGAGUGUAUCAUCCCGAAGCAAGAUGAACAGUACAUGGUGUGCUACUCACCCAAGAUCAGUAACAACUCCCUACCAGACGACCGCAUGCAGGGGGCCAAGUUUACAUACGGAAUCAAACUGGACAACAUUUUCAUUGACCGUACCAAAGACAAUAAAGAGAUGUUCACCAUCUAUCCAGACCCUGAAUUUCCAGAGCCGUUUGAGCGAUCUUACCAGAGCAAGAUUGAUAACUACCUGACAAUUGAUGGCAAAUACCUGAACCUGGGCUUUAACACCAGCGACAUAGUGGUGAAAAUUGGCUCAGGAUUCUGCAAUGUUACCUCCAUUGACAAGAAUGGUAACCAGCUGAACUGCAAACCCCCACCCCCCUCCCCCUCGGGUGGGAACCCAAGCAUAGAGGUUUUCGUCGGGCGAAACUUCACCAGAAAGGUGGGCUCCCUGCAUUACGAGGUGGCAGAGGUGCUACCUGCCAGCUUGAUUAUAGGUCUGGGGGUGGGUGGGGGUGUGCUCGUGAUCGGGGUCGUGUUCUUUGUCGUCCUUUGGUGCAUCAAGUCACGGGAGAACAUGAACAUGAAGAAGAAGUGGCAGAUCCAAAUGGACAGCCUCGAGGUGAAAGUCGCCAAGGAGUGCAGAGAAGCCUUUGCUGAGCUGCAGACCGACAUGACAGAGCUGACCAAUGACCAGCUAGGCCAGAUAGCCAUCCCGUUCUGGGACUACCGCACCUACUGCAUGCGUGUGCUGUUCCCUGCUGACGAGGACACCCACCCUGUCCUCAGGGAGCUUGAUGUGGCCCCUGAUCAGCGUGAACAGAUGGAGAACGGCCUUAAGCAGUUUGCAAACCUCAUCAGCAACCGAACGUUCUUGCUUGUGUUUGUAAGAACCCUCGAAGGCCACAAGAAGUUUAACAUGAGAGAACGUGUGAAUGUUGCAUCCCUGAUUUCUGUAGCGCUGCAGACAAAAAUGGAAUAUGCCACUGAUAUAUUGAAGACCCUGCUAGCUGAGCUGAUAGAGAAGUCAGUGGAAGGAAAGAACCACCCCAAGUUGUUGCUACGUAGAACAGAGUCCAUUGCUGAGAAGAUGCUUACCAACUGGUUCACAUUCUUGCUCUAUAAAUUCCUCAAGGAGUGUGCUGGUGAGCCCCUGUUCAUGCUGUACCAGGCUAUCAAACAGCAAAUGUCUAAGGGCCCAGUAGACAGCAUCACAUCCGAGGCACGCUACUCCCUCAGCGAGGACAAGCUCAUACGGCAGCAUGUCGACUAUAAGCCAAUGACGGUGAAUAUCCUGGACAUGGAGCAGUUCGGCCAGCAGUCCCACCCUGUGAAGGUGCUGGACUGUGACACCAUCUCACAGGUGAAAGAGAAGAUACUUGACGCCAUCUACAAGAAUGCUCCCUUCAGUAGCAGACCCACCAAACAACAAGUGGAUCUAGUGCUAUUAUCUGGGCAGCCAGGCGACCCAGAUUUUAACCCCAAAUUACAAGUGAAAACAAUACUGUCCGAUAUUGACAGUUCUACAAAAGUGGAGGGGGACUUUAAGCGCUUUAACACGCUCGCACAUUACAAGGUUGCUGAUCAAGCUUGCAUGGUUCUCCGUCCAAAACAGGUGCCCUCUUUACCAGACAUCACAGUUGCCACCGUCAAAUCAUUUGACUACCGCCGUUUUGACAAUGAAACAUAUGGAAGUCGUAGUCCAGCGUUGUCAAGAGCCGCGACUACACGUGGAGGUCAUGGUGACAUUGAGAUGGCUGGGCUUAUUUCUGGCACAAAAACGUAUCACCUGGUGAAGCAACAUGACCAGGAGAGCAACAAGGAAGGAGACCGAGGCAGCAAGAUGGUGUCCGAGAUUUAUCUCACCCGUCUCUUAGCUACCAAGGGCACACUACAGCAGUUUGUGGACGACCUGUUUGAGCGUAUCUUCAGUACGUCGCACCGGGGCACCUGCCUGCCUCUGGCCAUAAAGUACAUGUUUGACUUCCUUGACGACCAGGCCCUGCUUCACAACAUACAGGACCAGGAUGUGGUGCACACGUGGAAAUCAAACAGCCUUCCAUUGCGGUUCUGGGUGAACGUGAUAAAGAACCCGAACUUUGUUUUUGACAUUUACAAGUCAAACAUCGUUGAUUCGUGUUUAUCGGUUGUUGCUCAAAAUUUCAUGGACUCGUGCUCAAUGAGUGACCACAAACUGAGCAAGGACUCUCCGUCCAGCAAGCUGCUGUAUGCCAAAGAUAUCCCCACCUACAAGAAAUGGGUGGACAGGUACUACCAUGAUAUCAAGAUGAUGCCAGCCAUCAGUGAUCAGGACAUCACAGCAAUGAUGAACGAGGAAUCCAGAAGUCAUAGCGAGGAGUUCAACACGAGUGCAGCCCUGUACGAGCUGUACAAGUACGUGGAGGCGUACAACGAUGAUCUCAUCACUGCUCUCGAGGAUGAUGAGUUCGCGAGGAACUAUCGCCUCAUUCAGAAACUGGAGUCUGUUCACGUCGCCAUGAGAGGCUCGUCAUCCUGUUGAAAAUCAAUUUUCAACCCGCCUGUCCUCCAACAAAGUCACAUUCAAAGAUCGCUGAUUGGAGAAGUUUUAAUUUAAGCCUUGUUCUAGGAAAUCUGGGCUUAAGGCAUGUGCCUAGAGUCUCUUCCUACAUUAGCCUGUGCAGUCUGUGACACUUUACACCUAGAGUCUCUGCCUACAUUAGCCUGUGCAGUCUGUGACACUUUACACCUAGAGUCUCUGCCUACAUUAGCCUGCGCAGUCUGUGACACUUUACACCUAGAGUCUCUUCCUACAUUAGCCUGCGCAGUCUGUGACACUUUACACCUAGAGUCUCUUCCUACAUUAGCCUGUGCAGUCUGUGACACUUUACACCUAGAGUCUCUGCCUACAUUAGCCUGCGCAGUCUGUGACACUUUACACCUAGAGUCUCUUCCUACAUUAGCCUGUGCAGUCUGUGACACUUUACACCUAGAGUCUCUUAACAUUUACAAGAGACUUUCUUUAAACUUUAAAUUACAUAACAUAAAAAAGUGUUGUCCCUGAUUAGCCUGUGUAGACUGCACAGGCUAAUCUUGGAUGUCACUUUACACUUAUGCAUUAAGUACAGUUUUCCCAGACUGAGUCUGGAUUAUUUUCAUAAUGAAGUCUUCUUUCAUUUGGCGCUGAUGAAUGUGGUUUAUACACAAUUGUUGUUUGAGCAGACUUCUCAAUUGCUAAGGCAAUUUCAUGGUGUAAACAGUAUCUAACUGAAUAUUGAAGCUAGUUUAGUAUGAUUUAUAGUAAACGCAUUGCAACAUCCUGGAGGUGGAUCUUAUUGCCUUACUUGACUAUCCUCAUCAUAACCUUUCACUAUUCGUUCUGUUCUACAUGAUAAAAUACAUACUGUAAAGUUCUGUAUUAAUACAUUCUUUUACCUUCUUAUAAUUUGCCACAAAUCCUAAGAGUUUUGCCAAACAUGAAAAUGUGAUAUUUAUUUGAAUUGUUUGCCAGGUAAUAACCAAAACAAUGCUUUAUUAGUUUGCAAAUCAAAAUGUUUGUGUUGUGUCAUAUACUUUUUAAACCAAUAGGACCAGCAUUAUAUCAAAACUAUUUAAAAAUUGUGAUUUUAUCGACUUCCAAUGAUUGUAUUCACUUUCAAUGAUAGUUUCUACUUUCAAUGAAAUGACCUUACAAUCAAGGAUGUCAUUAUAAAACUGGCCUACAUUUAUAUGUUUUGUAUCAGUAGAGAAGGGCCAUAUUCAUUGCAGACAUGAAAUACAAAAGUAUUGUUAGCGGUAUAGUUUUGUGCAAGAUUUAUGAACUUUAUAGAUAGUGCUUUAUGAAGAUCAUGCUCAAAAGUUUUUUUGACGAUAUCAUAAAUUAUGAGAAGUGCUGCGAUUGUGAUCAAUAAGUUUCAUGGGCAGAGUGACUUCCAGAGUGCAUGGUUGAUGAUGUGUUUGAUUAUACUUUAGUAUGGACUAUUUAUCAUAUAUUUUAUACAAUCUUUUUAGCAUCUACUUGUAUUUGAUUAAAACUUUGGAAAUCUUCCAUUGUUUGCUUUGAUGUAUAAUCAGUUGUGUCCAUAUCUUUUAUAAAAAGAGUUUCCCUUCUCAGUGUGAUUAUUUCUCACUAAUGUUCAGGCAACUGGCAUAUAAUACUUUGUAUAAAUUUGCUUGAAAAUUGUUCCGUUAAUUAUUGAACAUUCAUUAUAUUAAGCGUAUUUGCCAUAACAAUGUGUAGACAGCAGAGCUCUGUUGUGUUUCAUCUCAUUUUAUCAAUGGAUCUUUUUAUCUUGCUUUAAGCGUAUAUGUUUUUCAUAUGUGUAGAUACCAUGAAAGCAUUAUAGGCCAUAUUAUGCUGCUGAUGUUUUAUAUUUUCAUUGUGAAUUUUAGUCAUGCUAUGCCAAAAAUGUAAAUGAAUAUUCACAUUGAAACCUAGAAACCAAACCUACACAGUUGCUUUUAUUUCUAGAGUUAGUGCACAUUUAUUUCUUUGUUCAUUCGACAUGAAAGUGUUGUUAGAUCAGUUUUUCUUCCUCUUGAAUGUUCAAACACAUAGCUCUAUAAAGGUUACACAUUUCUUUUCCAAAAUGUCCGGAAAAAAUUAAAAAUCAUUUGCAUUGGUGUUAAUUAUAUGUUUUUGUCCCCUACCGGUUUCACCGGAGGGGACUUAUGGUUUGCGCUCCGUCUGUCAGUCCGUCCGUCCGUCACACUUCUGAAUCCUGCGAUAACUGUGAAAGUUCUUAAUAUUUUUUCAUGAAACUUGGAACAUGAUAGAUGGCAAUAUGGACAUUAUGCACGUCAUUUCAUUUUGUUCCUACGUCAAAAAUUCUGGUUGCUAUGGCAACAAAUUGACUAGAAAUACAGCUGAAAUGGUGGUUUUCUGGAUCCUGCGAUUGCUUUAAAAGUUCUUAAUAUUUUUUCAUGAAACUUGGAACAUGGAUAGAUGGCAAUAUGGACAUUAUGCACGUCAUUCAUUUUGUUCCUAUGUCAAAAAUUAUGGUUGCUAUGGCAACCAAAAAAAAUAAUCUGAAAGUGGUGGAAUUUCUGACAAUGUUUGAGCCGGUAGGGGACCCUAUUGCUUAACAAUAGCCUUGUUUAAUCAUCUUUUUGUUAUGACUUUUUGAAUUCAUUCUGUAAAUCUUAAUCAGUUGGCUAAUCAGGGACAAUUCUUGCCGCCUUAAAUGGAUGUUUGUUUAGAAGAGACUUCCUUUAAAUGAAAAAAUCCAUAAAAGCAAAAAGUUUAGUCCCUGAUCAGCAUGUGCGGAUUUCCCGGGCUUUAUGGGACGACACUUUACACACAUGCAUUAAGCUCUUUUUUCUUAGAAUGCAGCGCAUAUAAUCAUGGUAUAAUAUAGAUGCAAACCUUGAAUUAAAUGAUUGUUGAUUUAAAAAGCUUUACUUACCCAUUUCAUCCACUAAUGAUUGUUUUUCAUCAAGACCAAAAUGAAUGUUCAUGUACAUUGUUUUUACUGGUAUGUUAGAGAACUGUAUUCUUUAAAUGUUCUCAAGUAUGCAAAUUUUGUUAUACACGUUUUUCAUUUGCGUAAAUAACUGCUCUGUCUUUCAGUAUGUCUGUAGAACCUAGAUAAUGUGUUUAUGCUAAAAUAAUAGGUUAUGGCAAAACAUAAUUUAAAAAAAAUUCUUUAGUUUAAAUUUGAAUGUUUUAUAUUGUUUCUAUUAUUGUUUUUAGUAAAUGUCUUUAUUUCACGCUUGGCUGUGUGCCUAAACCUGUGAUGAAACAGGAUUAUUUUGUUUGAUUUAUAUAUAUGGAAAGCUUUUCAAGGCUUUAAUUUUGUUAUUUCUGCAUGGCAUAAUAUAUUGGUAAGGAUGUUUAAUACCCUGUCUGUAUUUCAAAUUUGCACAAUAUCAAGGCCUUAAUGCCCAAUGUUUCUACUGAGGUAUUUAGUGAUUGGUAUUUCCAUUCUGCCGUAAGUCCAUAGGAUGUGAACCCUCCAAGGACAUGUUUUGUCUUACAUCAGUAUUGUUAUCUAUGAACACUCACCACACCGUCGUCACCGGACCUCAUUUUGACCGUGCCAUUGACCCGCUUUUUUUAUUUCAACAAAGCCCAUUGGUCAAAAAAAAUUUGGUGAACUCAAAUGUUUUGGCAAUUAACCUCAAUAACACUAAAAAACAUUAUUCCCUUCAACCAACAGCACAUGUGUAUCUUCUUGAAUCAGUUUUACUUUGAGAUGGAGUUAAUUCUCGACUAUUUUAAAAUGGAAAUGAAAGGAUGCUGACCAGGCUUCCACCGAGGUCAUCACUGUUUAUUUAAUGCAGCAUUCUGUUGUUCUUCAUUCUGAUGUUUUUCCUUCUGCCUUUAUGUAUGUUCAAAUUUGUAUAUUAAAGUGUGCAGCCAUAAUUUUAAUUAAUUUUAGAGAUCAGUUCAAUCUUGAAAAUGUAUUGAUUUACAUGAUGAAUUGUACGCAAGGUAAACAAUAUUUGCAAGAAUGUUUUUUCAUUUGACAGUAAAGUGCUUGAUUGCUUAUAGAUAUGCAACUAUUGGCUAAUAAAUCUAAUUCAUUAUAUAGUUAGUUAUGGAGAGAUUUUGUACAUACUUGCUACAUUUAAGACUGUAAAUGGUUAACAAUCUUUUAUUCAGUAUUUCUGUACAUAGCUUUAAAUGCAUAGUAGUAUAUGUAUGCCUUAUAUUUUUUAUCAAGUAUAUUUUAGGUACCAUAAUUUGUUAAACCCAUUGCCUUUGUUCUCAUUAGUUCAUUACAUGUUGACCAAUCUUCUUCAUUGCGAGGGGUUGUUUACGGUGAGAUAAAAGCUUCAUACAAUACUUCUUAUACAAGUUUUGAUAUCAAAAUGGAUGUUGUGAAACAUUUAGAAGGUUGUACACAAUUCAUACUGAGUAUUGCAAGUAGGUUAUUAACAAAAUGAAGAUUUAGGAUGCACUUAUUCCAUAUAUUGGAUACAAUAUUUUGUUAUAAUCACAAUCUAUUAUUAAAAAUAUUACAAGAACAAAUCUAUACUGAGCUUUUGAAACCGACUUGUGAUGUAAAUAAAACUUUAUGAAGAUGGUACAUAAUUAUAAACCAAACAGUUUAUAUGUCACAUCAUCGUAUGUUUAGUUGUUGAAUGCUAGUAAUUAUUUGGCAGUUUAGAAUGGACAACUUUAAACCAUUCUCAUAAUGUGUGCAUUUUGUUGUGCACAACAUUGUGCAUGCUCUGUGUCAGUGUUAGUGUGGAGUGAGAAACAAUUAAAUGAAAUGUAAUUAUUAUAAUUAUUUCAGAUGUAUUCCUCAUUUUGACCAUGCAUCCCAUUCGUGUAUCUGAUUCUGUUACAUUAUACACAUAUAUAUGCAUUAUGUUAUGCAAUUUUGAAUUAUGUAGAUAAAGACAACUGCAAUUUAUAUAAAAAAUAAAAUGUAAAGAGCUGA